GCCGUGCUGACACUUUGAACUCCCCGUUUGCAAGGUAUAGGAAGCAUGCGUUUGCUCGUCGUUUAGACUAAGGGUCGACUAUUGUCGCGUUCGUCGCGCCUCAAAACUCUCGAACAUGUCUGACUGCCUAUUUUGCAUUGAACCGAGUCGUCGUCCGGACGUUGUCGGCCCGAGGGAGAGGAUCAGUGCGAUCAGUUGCUAAACAGAUUUCAAGUUAAGCUAAGCAUAAUUGAGUUUUGUUCGACGUUCGGCGACGCGGUGCACUACUAUGCGUUUCCUAGUUGGCUUGGGGAGCUUACUAGUGCUUUCCAUUGGAGCGGAACCAAUGUGGUCAUUGCCCUCGUCUAGCGAUGUGAGGGCUCCAUUCGUGGUCAGCUUGGAGAAUGAGGGAGGACAGUUCUGCUCAGGAACAGUGGUGACGAAUAACUGGAUUCUAACGGCUGCCAGUUGUGUUUGGAACAAACGAGCAAGAACGGUAUCAAUUGGCAUUCAACCACUUGAAGCCGAAACAGGUGGCUAUCAUCGAAGGGCUCACAAAAUCUACGUCCACCCGGAUUACUCAGAGCAAUCGCCUGCUUCGAAUAUAGCACUGAUCAAACUCAAACGUCCGAUCGAGUGGAAUGGCCACAUUGUGGUGAUGAGACUGCUAAACAACAGCGUCGAUCUGCAGAGGAUGACCAGAUGCCCGAUGGUUGGUUGGGACAGGAAUCAAAUUACUCCCAAUCAUUUGAAGCCGGUUCACCUGCUGCCCAGUAACAAGUGUUCAGGCAAACCAGCCCAAAGUCUCUGUUUUAAUGGGACCAACGACGAUCAGCUGUGCCAUUUCAACGAAGGCAGUCCGGUACUCUGUCUUCAUGAGGAGAAGUUUGUUCAAGUAGGAUUUUUGUCCAGCAGGAAGGGCUGCGACAGCGGGAAUUCUUCCAUUGGGAUCAGUAGUGUGGGGCACUUCAACGAGUGGAUGUUGGAUGUAAUUCAGCAUAAGAAUCUAGUGAAGGAUUUGCAAAAUGAAAAGGGAUACCUUAGGAGGCUUUCGAGAUUCAAUUGGCUGAUAUUGGCCGUUUUGGUUUUCGUGGCAAGUUUAGUGAUACUCAUUCAGGUUCUGAAAGCGAGGUUUCGACUGGUAUGAAUUAGCAUUGGGUGAAUCUGACUGAGACAUCGAUUUUUGUGAAUCGAUUCAAAUCGGAUCAGCAGAAUCGAUUCACCGAUUUAAUCUCAUGCUUUGAAUCGAUGUUUUCACAUCGAUUCUAUAUUAUAAAAUAUUACAAAACUAUAAAAUGAUUCGUUUGCUGCAUGUAGUAAGUUCAUGGUAUAUUUUAUUUGUCUAAAUAAAAUCAAUAUCAAAAUUUGAGAUUGCAAAUCGAACAU